CGGGGAUGUACACUUCCAUUCGAGGUGUAGCACGAGACCAACUGUUUCUACUGCUACUGGAGAUACAUGACUUGAAAUCAUCUGUGUCUGUUGCUGCCAGUGACAGCAGGAACUGUUCCAGAUACUUGAAAGUUUGCCGAGCAUCCAGCAGAGGUCAGCCAUGCCACACAUCAACACCACCGAGCUGCAGUCGCUCCUGCUCUCCUUCCUCCAGCGCUGCCUCAACAGCACAAGUGUACUGUCUCCACUGAUACCUCAGAACUACACUACCCAGGAGGCUGUGCACCACAUGGCUGGAACCAGAGCCCCCACUCAGUCUCAGGGCAUGAUGUAUAUCCUCCUGGUGGUUGGCAUGUUCAGCUUCUUCACAUUUGGCAUCAUGCUCAGCUACAUUCGUUCCAAGAAGCUGGAGAGCUCUCAGGAUCCAUAUCACCAGUACAUUGCCCACGACUGGACCAAGGUAGUGACUCCGUCCAGGGCCGUCGCUCAGGCGCUGCACAGGGAAGCUGCACGUGACGGAGUCAGCAGCAAGGAGCCCAUCGUCAUCUGCAACCCUGCGACACUGGAGUAG